AACAAAUUUGUUAGAAGCAACUUCCCCAUGUUCACUCUCCCCUUCACAGUUUGAUUUCAAUGAACUCAUAAAUAAAUGCAUGAAUGAAGGCAUCUUAUUCACUUAAUAAGAUUCUCAUUCUCCCUUUCUACCAUAAGAAUAUCUUCCUUUCUUUUGAUCAUUAAUUAAUUGGGGUUACACAUCGAAUCUUGCUUCUGUUCUUACCCUAAAAAUAUGCAAUCGCUUCAGCAGAAGGCUUCAGAGUACAGUGGGGUUCUCACUGAUGAUGCAUUUGCUAUCGAUGACACCAAUCUUUUCCAAAAAUUGGGUCUUCAAACAUUUAUUGAUCUCUCUACAAACUUCUAUUCCAGGGUUUAUGAUGACGAGGAAGAAUGGUUUAGGUCUAUAUUUGCAAAUUCAAAGAAAGAGGAUGCAAUCCAAAAUCAAUACGAGUUCUUUGUGCAGAGAAUGGGAGGUCCACCUCUGUUUUCUCAGAGAAGAGGUCAUCCAGCUCUGAUCGCCCGCCACAGACCAUUUCCUGUGACUCUGCAAGCGGCAGAAAGGUGGUUGCAUCACAUGCAACAGGCUCUGGACACUUCGACUGACAUUGAUUCUGAUUCAAAGACUAAGAUGAUGAACUUCUUCAGGCACACUGCAUACUUUCUUGUAGCUGGAGAUGAGUUGAAAUCUAAAAAUGAGCAAGUUACAUGCAACCAUGCUACUAAUAAACAAUCUUCUGAAGAGUGACAUCAUUAGGCUAGGAAUACAUACUCUUUUGAUGAAGUCUAUUUGAAGCUGUCUUCAUCAUGCCAUUAUUUAAGCUGAUUGACCAUAAAGUCUUCAAUUACUUUCAAAGAAAUUGUGGAAUAAAUUUAGCAUUGUAAUCCAUGUAAAUCUGAAGCAGACAAUAUUUCUCAUCUUGGGGAAACUAAUUGUAUUAGUUUGAGCUAAUAUUUUCAGUCUUUGGUAUCUUGUAUAAGUGGCAUGUUUUGGUUGUUGGUUUUACAUGCAGAAAAUAAUAAUAAUAAUGAAUAUUUAGUGUAAUUUUACUAGAGAAAUAUUUUAACAAGUUUGAUAAUUGUGUUUGUU